AUGGCGCCAUCUGGGCCCACCUGCGCUCGCCGGUCCACAGCGGUUGUCGCGCGCGUUGCGGCGGCGAUGCUGAUGCUCGCCGCUGCUGCUGCCGCCGAUGGUGAAGGGCCCGUCGUGAGCGGGGCUUUAGCGAGGACGGGAGCGGGCGAGCUGGUUGGGGCAUGGCGGCGAAAUGGUUCGGGUGGGCACAGUGAGGCUUGGAGAGGGUAUGGGUUCGACACGAGAGGAGAUGGAAUGGGCGAUCGUGUGGUUGGGGGCUCACUCGAACGCGCUGACAUUGACGGAGGUGACGGAGACGGUGCCGGAGGUGACAUUGACGGAGGUGACGGAGACGGUGACGGAGAUGACAUUGACGGAGGUGACGGAGACGGUGACGGAGGUGACGGUGAGAGUGAAAGCGCUGACGGCGACGAUGAGGGCGGGUGGUUGUCGGGUCCGCACUCACAGCAGCGUGCGCGUGGCGGCGACGAGAGGGGGACGAGAGGCCGCUCGCCAAGGGGCGCGCGGUGGGAAUUGCAGGGGGAGCGGAAGCGGGAGGGCAGGCGGGAAGCGUCGCGGGGAAGGGAGUUGGCGGAGGAGCGAGGAGGUUCAGUGGGCGGAGAGGAGCGAGGAGGUUCAGUGGGCGGAGAGGAGCGAGGAGGUUCAGUGGGCGGAGAGGAGCGAGGAGGUUCAGUGGGCGGAGAGGAGCGAGGAGGUUCAGUGGGCGGAGAGGAGCGAGGAGGUUCAGUGGGCGGAGAGGAGCGAGGAGGUUCAGUGGGCGGAGAGGAGCGAGGAGGUUCAGUGGGCGGAGAGGAGCGAGGAGGUUCAGUGGGCGGAGAGGAGCGAGGAGGUUCAGUGGGCGGAGAGGAGCGAGGAGGUUCAGUGGGCGGAGAGGAGCGAGGAGGUUCAGUGGGCGGAGAGGCGCGCAGGCGAGGGGAGGGCAGACGAGGCACGGGUGGGCGUCGCAGGCUGGCGGAUGGUCAAGGCAGUGAGGGGGGCGGUGGCAGUGAGGGGGGCGGUGGCAGUGAGGGGGGCGGUGGCAGGUACGACGACGGUAGCGAUGGGCGUGAGCGCAUGCACGUGGGCGCGCGUGGCGGCAUGGCGGGCCCUGGGCGCCCCGACCGCCAGCUGCUGCCAUCACUGGCGUUGAGGCGGCGCCUGUUUCUCUUGUUUCACCAUUCCCUCCUCGCCUCUUCUCCUCGUCUUCCUCGCCCCGACCGGCAGCUGCCGCCAUCACUGGCGUUGAGGCGGCGCCUGUCGGAGUACCGUCGGAUGCACCGCCGCUGCACGCAGAUCCACGACUGGCUCGCCUUCUACCGCAACCCGUACAUGGGGUGGAAGGAUGGCGUUGAUGGGCUGGGCAAGUGCAAGUAUCUCUUCUUUAUGCCGCCCGCCUACCAUGGCAUGGGCAACCGCAUAAUGGCGCUCAUCUCGGCCUUCGCGUACGCGCUGCUGACGAACCGCACGCUCAUCAUCCCACCCGACUCGUUCCUCUUCCGCUUCUUCUGUGACCCCUUCCCCGGCACCUCCUGGACCAUCCCGCUCGAUGCUUACAACACCAUAUCCCAGACGGUGCACCGCUCGCUGGCGCGCAACCGAGGCCUUGUCAAUGGAUGGGACGGCCAUGACGUCAGCAUGCACAUGUCAUGGGACUCCAAGGCGGACACGUGGGGCAUGUUCUGUGAGGCGGAGCAGCAGGAGAUGGCGACGGCGCGCUUCGCCACGCUCUACACCGACUACUUCCUUGUGCCGCACUUCUACCUCGUGCCCUCGCUGCAGGUUCAGCUCGAGUCCCUUUUUCCCGAUCGACGAGUCUUCACGCACCUUUCUCGGUACCUGCUGCACCCCGCCAACUACCUGUGGGAUCGCAUCACCCGCCUCUACCACGGCCACCUCGCCCUCCACUCCCUCACCGUCGGCCUGCAGAUCCGGGCAUUCGAGGAGACAGAGGAGGAUUUGAUGGUGAAUGUGUUUGAGUGCGCCACCAACAUCGCCAGAGUGCUGCCGCCUGUCAUGCCCACCGACCAAUGGCGCCACACCGCUGCCUCUGUGACGGAGGAGGCGCUGCUGGGCGUGCGCGGGCGCAGCAUCGGGGCGCUGGUGGUUUCGCUCAACCCCACCCACGGCACCAAGCUGCGCGACCGCUACAUGCUGGGCAAGCCGCUGGAUGGCAGCACUGUCUCCGUCUUCAGUGUGAGUGGAGAGGGUCAGGAGAAGCAGGAGGACCAGCUUCAGUACGAGCUCGCCGUCACCGAGAUGUGGCUCCUCGCCUUCUGUGACGUGCUGCUGGUGACGGACACGUCCACGUUUGGGUACGUGGCGGCGGGGGUGGCGGGGGUGACGCCCUACACCAUGAACGUCGCCAAGUGGAAGCACAGCGACUGGCGCUCCAACGGCCGCCUCGCCUGCAUGCUCGGCUCCUCCGAGCCCUGCUAUGUGCACCCCGUGCAGGAGCGCGUGCUG